GUAGCGCCACCUAGUGUUGAGAGAUUCUUAAAGCAAGAUGUCGGACCCCGUGACGGAGGAAAACAAGGAUUGCGAUCCUGACAGAACCGCUGAAAUUUUGGAAGAAACCGCCAGAGAUUAUGCGGAAUAUGUAAUGGUAGAUCCACAGAGGGAGAAACUGCAACUGGAUGAAAAGAUUGAAGAAAUGCUAACGAGACUGGAUGAAUUCUGUGCCGUUGUAGACAUGAUUCGCACAGAUUCCUCCUUGUCACUGAACAGAAGUCUCCCAGGUAUCCACGCCAAAGCUCAGGAAAUCAAAGCCAUCUUCCACCGAAUCGAUAAACUCGAGGAGUUUGUUAGUGUCGUCCGUGAUAAUGUCGCAACCAUGGAAGAGGAAGUGAAUGAAGUUGAGAAAGAGCAAGGAACUCUGCAUUCCAUCAAGAACCUGCUGAGUGCCCUGCCGGUCUUCACCACGAAAAGGAGUACAGGUCCGAAACCGCCAAAGAAAUUCACCCCCCUGGAGAUUUUCAAAACCUCUGAUUACAUCAAGGCAGAGCCAGCUGAAGCAACACCAAAUCCCGAAGCAAACAGCGAGAACACGUGAUGCGAAAUGAAGGCACGGUCCUGGUCCUCUUUUAUCAAAUCAAAAUAUCUGAUCCCGCGACCCUAGCUGAUAAUACAAGGUACUAUUUUCGGAAGGUGAUUGUGUGGUUGGAGAUUGGACAUUGAACAGCCAUGAACUCUAUUUUUCUGUACAAAAUACUGCACUGUAAGUGCAUUCAGAUUGUAUGCAAGAGCCCAAAAUAGAUUUUUUUGUAUGGACAGUUUUGUGUCUCAAUAGGUUUUAUUCAAGAUUUAGCCAUAUUAAAUUGAAAGCGAGAUAAAACCUUCAUUUUUGGAACUUUCGAAUAGAAAUAAAAGCAACGACAUAAAAUUAAUGCCAGUUUGCUCGGAGGAAAAAUUUAAAAUUUGUUAUUAAACAUACCCCAAUGUUUUAAGCCACGUUAAAAAAAAUGUGAGGCUUGGAACGCAUGAAUAGUCUGGUACCAUCCCAUUCAACAGUUUACAAUUGAUAAAAUACAUUCAGGGAACAUGACCAAAAGGGCUUCCCAGUGCAUAAAGUAUAUUAAUCUGCUGCAUAUGCAUACCACAUAGCUUCACACAUUAAAUGAAUGUUAGUGACUUUGCCACCACAACAAAAACUGGCAAGUUGUAGCGUAGUCUACCGUUGCCCUUCAUUCAUCUUUGAAGGAAAAAAAUGGAAUUCGAGCCUGUUAAAACUGGUCCCAGAGUGCACAAAAUUCUAUUCACUGGUGAUGUCACAUAUGUAACUUUGAAACAAAAUUAGUAAAAUGUGGCCAAAUAAUUAUUAAGUAUCAACAACCAUGGUGAAUGACUGUUAAUGUGGAAUGACAUGAAUGAAUACAACAGCUCAGAAAUGCAAUCUUGUAUAUAUUUAAGUAGCAGCUGUUUAGAAUUAGUGCAGAGGGAUAAAUUAUCAUCUCAAAUAUUUUAGCAUUGAUUUUAUAAACAUGCAAUUAUGAAAUAAAAAAAUAUGUUGCUGACGAAAGUGA